AUGGUUUAUUAUAGUUGUUUCCUGUCUACAAGCUACCACAUUACUAGAAGCCACAACAUUACCACAAGCAACAACAUUACCGCAAGCUACAAAAUUACCACAAUCCACACCAUUACCACACGCUACAACUUUACCACAAGCCACACCAUUACCACAAGCUACAACAUUACCACAAGCCACAACAUUACCACAAGCCACACCAUUACCACAAGCUACAACAUUACCACAAGCCACACCAUUACCACAAGCUACAACAUUACCACAAGCCACAACAUUACCGCAAGCUACAACAUUACCACAAUCCACACCAUUACCACACGCUACAACUUUACCACAAGCCACACCAUUACCACAAGCUACAACAUUACCACAAGCUACAACAUUACCACAAGCUACAACGUUACAACAAGCCUCAAAAUUACCACAAGCUCCAACAUUACAAAAAGCUUUAACAUUAUCACAAGAAACACGAUUACCACAAGCCACAUCAUUACCACAAGCCACACCAUUACCACACGCUACAACAUUACCACUAGCCACCCCAUUGCCACAAGCUACAACAUUACCACAAGCUACAACAUUACCACAAGCUACGCGUUACAACAAGCCACACCAUUACCACAAGCUACGCGUUACAACAAGCCACACCAUUAUCACAAGCUACAACAUUACCACAAGCUACAACGUUACAACAAGCCACACCAUUACCACAAGCUACAACAUUACCACAAGCUACAACGUUACAACAAGCCACACCAUUAUCACAAGCUACAAAAUUACCACAAGCUACGCGUUACAACAAGCCACACCAUUAUCACAAGCUACAACAUUACCACAAGCCACCCCAUUACCAUAAGCUACAAAAUUACCACAAGGCACACCAUUACCACAAGCGACAACAUUACCACAAGCUACAACAUUACCACAAGGCACACCAUUACCACAAGCUAUAACAUUACUACAAGCUACAACAUUACCACAAGCCACACAAUUACCACAAGCCACACAAGCUACAAUGUUACAACAAGCCACAAUAUUACCACAAGCUACAGCAUUACCACAAUCUACAACGUUACAACAAGCCACACCAUUACCACAAGCUGCAACAUUACCACAAGCCACACCAUUACCACAAGCGACAACAUUACCACAAGCUACAACAUUACCACAAGGCACACCAUUUCCACAAGCUACAACAUUACCACAAGCUACAACAUUACCACAAGCUACAACUUUACCACAAGCUACAACGUUACAACAAGCCAUGCAAUUACCGCAAGCUACAACAUUACCAUAAGCUACAGCAUUACCACAAGCUACAACAUUACGACAAGCCACACCAUUACAACGAGCUACAACAUUACAAGUUACAACAUUACUACAAGCUACAACAUUACUAGAGGGUACAACAUUACUGUUCUUCUUGCCAAGAGAUAA